ACCCAGGGGGGGAAACGGCCCAGCUCACCUUCGAGUCGUCCGCGGCAGGACAAAGAUGUGAAAAAGUUGCCGGACGGUGUUAUUAAAAUGUGCGCAGCUUCGAGCGCCGCCAUUGGCUGAGAGCAGCGCGACAGGAAGAUGCCAUGGCCCCGGCGUCCGUUAUAAGUGUUGACAGCACCUUGACCGGCCGUGAAGCGGCGGCGCGCGCCCUCAGACGGAGACCAUGAGCGCGUCCGUGGCCGUGUACAGGAGCGUCUACACCGAGGACCGCUUCCGGCAGGCCUACGGCACCGAGCGCGGCGCCGGCCGCGGCUCGCGGCUGCGGGACAGGCUCGCGGGCCGGUGCACGUGCUCCAGGCGAGGCUGCCUUCACCUGUUGAGGGAGAGGGUGCCCGUCGUUAACUGGCUGCUCAGGUACAAGCUCAGGAAGUGGAUUUUAGGAGACACAGUGGCGGGACUGACAGUCGGCAUCCUUCACAUUCCUCAAGGCAUGGCGUUUGCUUUGCUCACAUCUGUGGCACCAAUAUUUGGUCUUUACACGUCCUUCUUCCCUGUGGUCCUUUACAUGGUUUUUGGCACAGGUCGCCACGUGUCCACAGGAACCUUCGCCGUGGUUAGUCUCAUGACCGGCUCUGUGGUGGAGCAGCUGGUUCCCAAACCUCUGGAACUCAACUCCAGCUCGCCGGAAGCCGCCGACUUGGAGGCUCAGAGGAUCGGAGUGGCCUCAGCUGUGGCGCUCCUCUCGGGAAUCAUUAUGCUCUGCAUGUUUGGCCUCCAGCUGGGCUUCCUCUCCACUUACCUGUCGGAGCCAAUAGUGAAGGCGUUCACCAGCGCCGCUGCCUUCCACGUCACCGUGUCACAGCUGCAAAGCAUGCUGGGGCUGCGGCUUCCUCGCCACACCGGGGCUUUCUCUCUCUUCAAGACCUUGGCGUCGGUGAUGGAGAAUCUGCCUCACACGAACCUGGCGGCGCUGCUGAUCUCCGUGCUGUGCUUGGCCGUGCUGGUGCCGGUCAAGGAGGUGAACGUGCGCUACCGGCAGCGCCUGCGCACGCCCAUCCCCGUGGAGAUCCUGACGGUGAUCGUGGCUACGGGAGUGGCCUACGCCUCCUCGCUGGACUCGGCCUACGCCAUUGAGAUAGUGGGCCACAUCCCAGCCGGGUUCCCGAGGCCUCGAAUGCCCGCCUUGCACACCUUCCCCGACAUUGCUGGCGACACCGUAGCCAUCACAUUUGUUGGUUACGCCGUAUCCGUCUCGCUGGCAAUGAUUUACGCCGAUAAGCACGGUUACUCCAUACACCCCAAUCAGGAGCUUCUGGCUCAUGGCAUCUCCAACACGGUGUCGUCCUUCUUCACCUGCUUCCCGAGCUCCGCCACUCUGGCCACCACCAAUAUCCUGGAAAGCGCCGGAGGUCACACACAGCUCUCCGGCCUGUUCACCAGUCUGGUGGUUCUGGUUGUGCUUCUGCUGGUCGGGCCGCUCUUCUACUUCCUACCCAAGGCGGUCCUGGCGUGCAUCAACGUCACCAGCCUCAGGCAGAUGUUCCUACAGUUUCAGGACCUCCCCGAUCUGUGGAGAAUCAGCAAAAUUGACUUUAUGGUCUGGGUCGUGACCUGGCUGUCUGUAGUUGUGCUUAACGUGGACCUCGGCCUUGCCAUCGGGGUGGUGUUCUCUAUGAUGACUGUCAUCUGUCGCACACAAAGGGCGGGUUGCUCAGUACUUGGUCGGGCCAGCAAUACAGAAAUAUACAGACCUCUGGAGAACCACAACAAGUGCCACGAGGUGCCUGGAGUGAAGAUCCUGAGUUAUAACGGGCCUAUUUAUUAUGGCAACCGCAGCUUCUUCAGAGAGGAGAUGAGCAGACUGCUGGGCCUGACGCCAGAGAAGAUCCGCGGCUGGGAGAAAGCCAGGAAGGCCCUGGAGAAGCGGGAGAGAGGGGUCGCCGUCAACACCGUGGAAGGAGGCAUCGCAAACACAUCGUUUUCGUCGGACAAUGACUUCUUCAAAUCAGAGACACCUGAGAGCGAGGUCCAGGCCGUGUUGAUCGACUGCAGCAGUGUGGUAUUUGUGGACGUUGCCGGAGCCAGACUCUUCACAAAGAUGUGUACUGAAUGCCAAAAAAUUGGCGUUCAUGUAUAUUUGGCAAACUGCAGCGAGAAAGUCCUAAAGAUCUUAACAUCAAGUGGACUGAUGAACUACAUGAAUCCUCAGCAUAUUUUUGUCACAGUUCAUGAUGCUGUGACGUACAUCCAGCUGCAGAAGGAAAAACCCCCAGAAACCAGCCCCACUGUCUGGGUGUGAGGUGGCCGGACGGCGCCUCGGACAUUGGACCAAGUUGUUUCAAAGACACAGUAGCCCGUUGUAGCACAUUAUAAUGUUCAAUGACUAUUUAGUUGCAGUGUUAACAGGUUUCUCACAGGUAUUAGCACAAAAGGCUUUAAUCUGACAGUCUCAUCAUAUAUGUAGCUUUUUCACUUUUGACUGUUCAACUGUAUGUGACAGUUACAUUUUUCUGUUAUCAUUACUCUAUAUGCUGGAUAUUAAAAUAGUCCUAUUUAUUUAGUUCUUUGUUCACAAUACCAAAUGCACUGAAUAAUAUGUGAAAAUAAUUAUAAUAAUAAUUAUUAUUAAUAUUUAUGCAAAUAUGUUCUAGCAAAUGUCUCCAGUGAGACUAUAAAAAAUGUCAAACGUAACAUCCAGCGCCUGUUUUGACAAUAAAUAUAUCUCCGUUGUCACUUGAUCUAAACUAAAUCUAUUAUAGGGGUCAUAGGUUUACAAACAAAUGCUGUUUGUGUGGACUUUGAGUCCAUUUUAGGGGCAAACCUGGAAUGUGAAGCAUUCCACUGGAGAGAGAGAAGAAGGGCAGUCUUUGUCUCCGCAAAUUCGUGACUGCACUGGAAUAUAAAAAAUGACAAACGUAGCCGCAUCAUGGUUCAAACAACAUUAUUGGACAGUAACACAACAAACCGUAAAACUGGUCCAAUUAAGGUGUAACAGACGCUGCAGAGACCAGAACGCUUACAGUGGGUGAGGCUUUAUGAGCCUGUAAAACACAUCAUAAGGGAACAUUAUAAAACUUGUCAAACAAGAUAAUUGCUUAUUUUGAUAGGUGUGUAUUACUAGGCUGUAAACACUCAGUGGGUCACUUCCUUUGUCGCCAUGCUGCUACAUGUAUCUGCAGUUCAACAGUCAAAGGUCUCCCUCAUAACCCUGUUACCUUGACCCAAUAAAACUAUAUGCAGCCCGAGUUCAAAACAAGGACAAAAUAAAAAGAAACUAAUUAUUUCCUUGCUUGAAGUUGGAUCGCCAAGUUACUCCUUUUUUUACCAGUGCAUAUUUCAAAGAGGCCUCUAGACACUGUACCCUCUGGGUUUUCCUUUUAAAGCUCAAGGAGUGUUUCACUAAUUGGUAGGAAGUAGUCCACUUCAAUUAGAACAUAGUACACAAGGCUCUGGACAAAUGUUUACCAAGACACAAUUUACCAGGACAAACACAAACAGAAUGAACCAAAGAGCCUCCUCCAAAAGGAUCCGUCAUCUAAUGACAUUAAGUGGAUUUCACUAUAAAACAGCGUUUUAUGAUAAGGUCAAUUCAAAAUUAAUCUCUACACCAUUUACAUUUACUACUUAUCAAAUGCAAAACAAUAAAUAAUGAAUAAAAACAUUUCAAAGUC